CCCGUAAUUUAUUUAUCCUCAGCUGAACCUAAUCCACGGGCGGUCUCUGCAAGGCAUAUAAGGAUACAACAAUGGCAGGCUUCUCAAGCUACCACCUGCAAGACCUAACAUUCACCGGGCCGCAGGGCACCAGAAAAUCCCCGUACGCAUCCGUCGCAAUCCUGGACCCGAUCAUCACGAUCGAACGACACCAUGGAAUAUACCAUAUCGCUGCGCGGUUUAAUAUCGAGACGGCGAUUUUGAAUUAUGCCACGCAGGAUAGUGACGCCCACGAGCUCUUCUUCCAAGACAUCUGUCUCCAGUACAAGAGUCCCCGGGACAACGAAACACUCCUCAUGAAGCCUGAUUCGGAUCCCACUGCUGCAUUAACCGUAUCCAGGGGCUUCACCUCGUCUUCGUCAGCCACCGUCGGUGCCACGGUAUCGCAGACACCCGCGGGGAAUGUUUCCUUGGGGCUUACGCGGUCCAGGUCGCUGACGGUAGAGUAUGCCAUGACGAGUUGGAGUUUGAGUGCGCAUCGAGUGGUGCAUGAUGAUGGGGCUUUUCCUGACGAGCAAGUUCGCUACCAGUGGUUCUGGGCCGGGACGCAAGACGAGUCGAGGAGGUUGUCAACCGAUCUGAGGCAUGCUGUUAAGCGGCAUGUUGUCGUGAAGCGGAUUGUCCCCGAGUACUUGAUCGUACCGCUAUCAGAUGAGGCGGCGGACGCAGUAACGACGUCCUCGCCUCCCGAGAAUACAACAGAGAGCCCGACAAAAGAGGAGGGACACGCGAAAACAGGAGAUCAAGAUCAGCCCUCUGACCUAAAUGUAAAUGCCAACGCCGAUGCCAACGUCAAAGACACGGCCAUAUACACCUGGGACUCCCUGCUCGACUUUAGUUUCUCUGUCCAGGUCCGAGUCAAAAAGCGGCUCAGCCGCCUGCACAGACUCGUCCUCCUGAGCAGCAACGAAGUUAAAGGAAAAUAUCUCCGCCCGGUUUAUACGGAGAGCUUCCGGUUCCGAGUUCCCGCGCUCAGGGAGAUGAUACCUCAGUGCGACACGGCUGAUAUUUCGGCUACCCUGAAUCAGAUUAAGAAAGAUUAUGAAAAUCGAAUGGAAGAACUCUCCGAGAAGGACUUUUUCGAGCUGGCUAGCGCUCACAUUCGGAAAGAGACGACCCAGCAACGUGAAAUGACUCGCGCAGAACGUAUCGCGCAUGGUAUAAAUAGGGCAGAAUUCAUGGCACCGCCUGUGCGUGCUAGGCAGAGUAGAAGGCAGAUGUAAGUGUAAGCGUAACCAUGAAUACCAG